CUCAAUUUGCACCUAGAAUCUGUCAAACGGGUAGCUCCUUGAUUUGUGCACGUCACAACAAAACAAAGUAGCUUGGAAAACAGCGCCCGCUGGGCGCCUAGCCGCCCAAAAUGGAUAGUACACCAUACGCAGAUAAUGCUGUCACUAGGAUGAGCGCAAAAUUCAACCAACGCGUUCAAUAUUGGCUUGACAAAAGCAGCCCGCACACCACCGCCCGCUGGGCGUCAUUGGUGAUCGCACUACUCUGCUACGUGGCACGAGUCUGGUUCUUGCGAGGCUUCUACAUCGUGUCCUAUGGACUGGGCAUCUACAACCUGAACCUGCUGCUCGGGUUCAUCACCCCCCAAUUCGACCCCGAGUCCGAGGGGCCAGAGCUGCCGACAAAGGCGGAUGAGGAGUUCCGGCCAUUCGUGCGGCGGCUGCCGGAGUUCAAAUUCUGGUACGCCUCGAUCAAGUCCGUCUUGAUCGGGACGGCCAUGACCUUCUUUAGCGUGUUCGACGUGCCGGUGUUCUGGCCCAUCCUGCUGCUGUACUGGUUCGUGCUCUUUUUCGUGACCAUGAAGCGCCAGAUCCGGCACAUGAUCAAGUACCGCUACGUGCCCUUCUCCUUCGGGAAAAAGAGGUAUGGAAAGGGCCCAGUCGUGAAGGACUCAAAAUGAACGGAGCAACAGCAGCGGCGAGCGCAGCGGCUGCGAUGGUGGCCUCGGAAAACCGCGACAAGGAGGAGCGGGGCGUUGCGUGAUUGCGCUUCUUGUGGUGGCUUGAAGCCAUAGGUUUCAUGGGGGCGGGGAAGGUGCCGUGCCUUGGAGUGAGAGCCCUCCGCCACUGCGGGGGCUCGGGUGAGCCAGGUUACAGGGUACGCGUGAGGAUGCGUCCAAUGGUCUGCAUGCUUACGCGGGUUCUAUCCAACGGGGGGCUUGAACUUGAAGCCUCCGGUUGUCCAUAUUACGGCGACCAGCGAGGCCGAUUUGUGUGUGGCAGCAGUGGAGGGGUGGACUGAGGUACGGUUUGUUCGGGGCGCGGGCACACCAUGUAGACCACAAUUAUCGUUGUUACCAUAUGAAUGCGGAUGUUACAGAGGGGACAGUCCCAGCACUUACCUUAUGGAGCGGACGGCUUGAGAGGGUAGAGUUUCUGACCCGGUUUGAGGGGCGCUCGGGGAAUGUACAGGGUGAAUGGGCAGGUCGCUGGCGCCGCGUAGUAACACGGUUGAGCCCCGUGUAGGGUCUGUAAGGAGUCUAUCUG